AACGAGUCGUCUUCGAAGGCGCAGACGUUUGUCAGUCUUCCUUACCUUUUUGAAUAAUUGAAUCCCUGUGUUGUCGAUCGCUCAUCAUUCAAAACCCUAAACUAGCGUGAAAUUGAAGCAAUUGAAGCACGAUUGCGAAGGAAUUCAUGGAGAAUUCACGGCAGUCUCUGAUCCCGAGCUUUCUGUACUCUUCGUUUAAGAAUGGAUUCGGUUUUGAGCAUUUGACGGAGAAUCAACGGAGUUUGUCUGAUUCUUCGCCGUCUUCUGUUUCAGCGUCAUCUCCUGUUGCGAGAAGCGGUUUCGUGGUACCGGCGCCCAGCGAGCCAGGUAGGAUUAAGAUGUUCUCGCCGGCUUAUUAUGCGGCAUGUACUGCUGGUGGUACUUUGGCCUGCGGGAUCACACACAUGGCGGUCACUCCAUUAGAUGUUGUGAAAUGUAAUAUGCAGAUUGACCCUGCAAAGUACAAGAGUAUUUCUUCUGGCUUCGGUGUAUUGCUCAAGGAGCAGGGAGUGAGAGGAUUUUACAAGGGUUGGGCACCAACCUUUCUUGGUUACAGUUUACAGGGUGCUGGCAAGUAUGGGUUUUACGAGUUCUUUAAGAAAACCUACUCUGACAUUGCUGGUCCUGAGUAUGCAACCAAGUAUAAAACGUUGAUUUACCUUGCUGGUUCUGCAUCGGCCGAAGUUAUUGCUGACGUCGCCCUUUGCCCGUUUGAGGCAGUUAAGGUCCGUGUUCAAACUCAGCCUGGAUUUGCAAGGGGUUUGUCAGACGGCUUACCUAAGAUUGUCAAGGCUGAAGGUGUUGCAGGGCUAUUCAAGGGCUUAGGUCCUCUGUGGGGACGACAGAUUCCUUAUACAAUGAUGAAGUUUGCAUCUUUUGAGACAAUCGUUGAGAUGAUGUACAAGUAUGCCAUCCCCACUCCAAAGGAUCAAUGUAGCAAAAGUACUCAGCUUGGAGUGAGCUUUGCUGGUGGUUAUGUGGCUGGUAUCUUCUGUGCCGUCGUUUCUCAUCCAGCUGAUAAUUUGGUCUCUUUCCUCAACAAUGCCCAGGGUGCUACUGUUGGAGAUGCUGUCAAGAAGCUCGGCGUGUGGGGCCUCUUCACUCGUGGUCUUCCUCUUCGUAUUGUUAUGAUUGGAACUCUUACCGGAGUUCAAUGGGGUAUCUAUGAUUCUUUCAAAGUUUACGUUGGCCUGCCGACCACCGGUGGUGCUCCUCCUCCCGCUGCUACAGAGUAAACCACUCAACUCGACAAAAUUAAGCCAUUUUGUAUCUCAAAGAACGAUCUACAUCCGACGUAUAAACAAUAUUAGGAUCUGGUAUGCUUACUACUUUAGCUUAAACACGUUAUCGUCUUAUAUUCGAUUCAUUCUCCAUUGUCUAGUGUUUUUUAGUCCAUCCCAUUAUUAGACACCACCAUAGAUUACAAUAUAAGCACCAUUUAUGCGUGCAAUAAGUAUUGAUACACAUCGUGUAAAGUGACAUUCUUUUUCUGAUGAUUUAAAGCGG